AUUUGUUUUUCUUGGUUGGUAAAUCAGGUGAUCCAAAAUGCAAAAAAAAAAAAUAGAAAAAAAUUUUUAGGCACCCACAUAUAUGUAUAAAAUAAAAACUUUUUGUGACUUUAAAUACUACACGCGGGUUGCAAACACAACCGGGUGGUCAGAAUAAAAUCAAUUGAUACUAUGGUCUAAUUGCGUAUUCCAUUUUCAUUGAUUUACUUAUUUUUGUACACAUUAUUGUAAAUCAACUCAUGUCAUCAUCAGAAUUGUGCUAACAAUCUUCAGACAUUAACUGUUGAGUUAACAUUUUUCGGAACAUUGAAACAUUUAAUCGGCUUUAAAUUUUGUUUAAAUUUGAAAACUCUGGUGUUUUCUUACACAAAAGUAUUCUUUUCAAAUUUGAUGCAAAAAUGCUUCCAACUCUUGAAGAGAUAAGUUUAAAUUGUCAACUUCAAAAUGAAGCAUAUUUAUUCAAAUUAUACAACGAAACUCAAUGGUCACUAGAUGAAAAGGCGGAGUCAAAUCAAAUGAAUGAAACUGAUCUGAUCUCACUAUCAACAGAAGAAAAUAACAUUGAGGAAGAAAGUUUAGCAUCACUUGUGAAUAAGACUAGUAUUCAAAAUGAUAAUCAAGCAUGUAGAACAGAUGGUUUAGAUGAUAGGACAUGGCAUUCUACAUCACCAUGCUCAUCAGAAUCUGCAGAUUCUUUUUCAAGUGCUAGAAAUGAUUUAAGAGGUUAUCUAGAAAAUUCUCUAUCACCAAAAUCAACAUUGAAUUCAAAAUGUACAAAUAUGGAGUUAAUAUCAUCUGAACUUUUAUCAGAAUUUAUGAAUAUUGAUAAUAUGACACCAAUGAAUAUUUUAAGUAUAUCAAAUCAUUUUGAGAAUACAUUGGAUACUUCAUUGUUCUAUGCGGAUUGUCUAACUCAUGAUGACAAUUAUUCAUCAUUUUCUAAUGACUAUGUAAAUAAAGAUGAUCAAAAGAGAAAUUCUGAAGAAAUUUUAUAUUCAAAAGAAUGUAAAGAAGGUGAUUUAUUAAAACUACAUCAAGUUGAUGAAUUGGAUUCAAUUGAUAAUACUUCUCAAGGAAUACGAAAACAAUUAUUGAAGUCAGGAAAUGAUAAAAUUCAUCUUAAUACAUCACCAGUUUCAUUAUUAUCAAUGGAUACAUUUUCAUGUAUUCAUUCACCUAGUGAAUUAGACAAACAGUUAGCAAGUGAAGAUAUUGCUUGGAUGGAUACAUUAGAUGUCUCUGGUUUAGGGUUAGAUGAUGUUGAGCAGAUUUUCUCUACAGUCAAUUCAACUGAAGAAAUUUGUAGACAAACUGGUUAUUGUACACCAAAAUAUCAUUCGAACAAUGAGGCACUACCUUCAACAUCAAAUGACUUACAACAUGAAUCUUUAAUCAUUUCAAGAAACUGUAAAUUAAAGGAAGUUGAUGUGAUAUCCGAAAAAGAAAAGACUACCGAAGUAUCAACGUGCAAAAGAUCAGUUGUAUACAUUGAUAGUCAAGAAGAGAAAUAUACUGGACAUAAUUCAGAUAGUACAUUGACAUGUUCUGAAGCUGAAUAUCAUCACAAUUUAAUUCGUCAAAAGUGUUUAAAGAAACGUCGAUUAACUAAGCGAAAAUCAAAACAAUGUUCUUAUGUAGCAAGCGAUGAGUAUGAUUCAGAUUCUUCGCUAAAUGAUACAGAAUCUUUAUCAGGGAAUAGUUAUAAUCCAAGAUCGUAUCGUAACAAUAAUAAUAAUAAUAAUUUAUCCAAGAAAAUAAGUCAUCCUACUGUGAAUUCACAGCAUCGAAAUAAACAUCUACCUCAUUAUAAUCAGUCUUCCUCAGAUGUGAAUGAAUUUGAACCUUGGUGGCCUAAUCCUGUAACACGACGUAUGUAUAAAGAUUUUCAAUCAAAUAUUUGGUUGACAAACUCUACAAAUUGUGAUUAUAACAAGAGACUAACUAAAUACAAAUCAUCUUCUUUUCCUGAUCAAUUAAUGUAUAACUCAAAUUUACAAAAAUCUAAUUCUUCUACAGAUCAACAUCAAAAUAAUCUCUAUCAUCGUUAUUCUCAUCAAAAGUGUAUAAAAAAGAUAAAAUAUAGUAAACAAAUUAAAUCUUUCAAUUCUUCUAUCAAUUCAUAUUGGUCAAUAAAACGAAAAAGUAAACAAAUGGAAUUAUGGCAAUUUAUAUUAUGUCGUCUAGAGACAGCUAAACGGACAGCAUUUCAAUGGGUGAAUCGAUCCACUGGAAUAUUUCGUAUUGUAAAUACUCAGUCAAGUGCAAAAGAAUGGGGUCAUUAUCGUAAUAAUAAACAAAUGGAUUAUGAAAAAAUGGCUAGAGCAAUGCGAUUGAAACACAUUAAUAGGCAAGCAUGUCCAGCUGACGAGUCUCAAAUAGGACAAAACAUGUACCACUGCUAGCCACUAGUCAUCAGUGUUAAAAAGAAUUUUAUUACAAGGAUUCAAUAUUGAGAAAAUCACGUCAACAACUUCAUUUCCAGUUUGCUAUGCCAUAUGUUCAAUGGGCAGAACAUUUUUAUCAAAAUAAGAAGUAAUCUGUGUUCAUUAUGCAUGAUGAUGAUGAUGGUGAUACAGUUGGACUGUCAGCAAAAUGUUUGAUGCCUUUAAACUACUAUUAUUGGCUUCUCUCAAUUCCUUUCUCUUUGAAAAGAAAUUAUUCACCCCUACGAAUUGUACAUUGUGACCUUAUUCUAAUUUCGUUUUACUACGAUUUGUUUACUUCCGGUCAAAAUCCCUUUCUUCAAUCUGUGAAUUGUUCUCUCCUGUUCAGAAUAGGAUAAAUUAUUAUUAUUGUGAAGUAGAAUUCAUGCUUUGAUAUAUUCUCUGUUGAGCUCUUCCG